AUGGCGAUAUACUUGAUGGAAAAUGGAAAAUAUGAAUGUCGUGCUUUUAUGGAAGAACAUAAUUACCCUCUUCAUAUAUCUGGUACUACACAUUUUAUGCAUUUCCAGAGGAAGAUUUUAGAGAUACAUUCAUAUGAAAUCGAUUUAGCAGAUGAUUCAAGGAUCAACCCUAAGGCCGCAUUUGAGUUAAUAGGGAGUUUAUUGAAAUAUUUUGAAAAUCAGAGUAUGAACAAUCCUUUGUUUACAUACUCAAUGCAGUUGGAUAGUGAUGAACAAAUCACAAAUAUUUUUUGGGCUGAUCCUAAAAUGAGAAUUGACUAUGCACAGUUUGGUGAUGUUGUUAGUUUCGAUACCACAUUUUGUACUAACAAAGAGUAUAGGUCAUUUGGGAUAUUUGAUGGUUUUAAUCAUCAUAGAGGGCUUAUUAUAUUUGGGGCUGCACUUUUGUAUGAUGAAACAGUUGAAUCUUUUAGUUGGUUAUUUGAGGCAUUUGCCGAAGCUAAUGGAUAG